AUGAAAAAUAUUGUUUGUUUCUCACUAUCUGUCGCUAUUCUGGUGGUAUUUAAAAUCCAACAUGCUGAGUCUAGAAUGACCAUGGCUCAAAUCAUAAAUACCAUGAAACCAUUGGGUAAAACUUGUGCGGCAAAAACUGGACUCACCAAAGAAAUGCAAGACGGUCAACAUGAAGGAAAUUUCCCCGAUGAUGAAACAUUGCAUUGCUACUUGGCGUGUCUUUUAAAGAUGGCUAAAGUCGCUGAUAAAACAGGUAAAUUGAACAUUGACGCGAUGAUUAAACAAAUCGAUAUGCUGAUGCCGGAAGAUUUAGUUGAUAGCGCAAAGACAGCAUGUAAUGCAUGCGCUGCUCUAGUUACAGGCACUGAAGGUUGUCGUCCUAGUUGGGAGUUUAUGAAGUGUUGGUACGAAAAAGAACCAGAGGUAAUUUUUUAA